AUGGUGCCAAAUCGCCUGCUCUCGCUGCUCACAGCAACAGCUUUGAUGUCGUGCUCGCCCGUGCUCGCUCACGCGCCGCCGCCGACGACGACCGACGGCAUCAAGGGCCUUGCCGAUCGACUCUUGCCCGGGCAGGGCGACAGCUUCGACUUUGUGCUGACCGCAAGGAAUGAUGCGUGGUCUCGCUGGAAUCCGCCGACGAAUGAUCAUUAUACCGUCGCCGGAUCGCCUGGCGGGAGGAUCCGCGUCGAGGGGACCACGCUGAGUGCUCUGGCCAGAGGUCUUCGGCACUACGCCACCGAGACCCUGCAGUUGGACGACUUUUGGUUCGUCGACAACUGCAGGAAUGUGUCGGGCCCGUUGCCGACUCCGAAGGGGACCUUGACGGGGUCAAGCGUCGUCCCGUGGCGAUAUAACCUCAACACCGUGACCUUUUCGUAUACCUUCGCGUGGUACACCUGGGCCGACUGGGAGAAGCUCCUCGACUGGGCCGCCUGGCGAGGCGUCAACCUCCAGCUCGCAUGGGUCGGCUACGAAAAGAUCUUCCUCGACAGCUUCCGGGCCCUGGGCCUGGCCGACGACGAGAUCGUGCCCUUUUUCAGCGGUCCCGCCUUCCAAGCCUGGAACCGCUUCGGCAACAUCAAGGGCUCCUGGGGCGGCGUCGGGGGCCUGCCGCUCGCCUGGAUCGACGCCCAGUUCGAGCUGCAGCGCCGGAUUGUCGCCCGCAUGGUCGAGCUCGGCAUCACGCCCGUCCUGCCCGCCUUUCCGGGCUUCGUCCCCGAUGCCAUCCGCCGCGUCCGGCCGAGCGCCAACGUGACGCGGGCGCCUGUCUGGGGCGGCGUGCCGGAGCAGAGCCGCGAUUACUUCCUGAGCCCCCUGGACGACACCUUUGCCGAGCUGCAGCAUGCCUUUGUGUCGAGGCAGAUGCAGGCGUUUGGCAACGUGACAAACUUUUACACGCUGGAUCAGUUUAAUGAGCUGACGACGGCCGAGGGGGACGGCGAGUACCUCUCCGGCGUGUCCAGGCAGACGUACAGGGGCCUGACCGAGGCGAACCCGGCCGCCGUGUGGCUCAUGCAGGGCUGGCUGUUCUACUCGAGCAAGGACUAUUGGACGCAGGAGCGCAUCGACGCUUACCUCGGCGGCGUCCCGGAGAAGCAAAGCAUGUUGAUCCUUGACCUGUACUCGGAGAACGAGCCGCAGUGGCAGCGGACGAGGAGCUACGCCGGCCGGCCCUGGAUCUGGUGGCCGGUCCUGGCCCUCGACUCCUCCGACUCCUUGGUCGGGUUUGGUCUCACUCCAGAGGCCUACGAGGGAAACGAGGUCGUCUAUGACCUGUUGCUCGACCAGGCCUGGUCAAGAACUGCCAUCGAGGCCAAGUCCUAUUUCCGGGGCUGGACACGACGCCGGUAUAGCGAAGCCUCAUCCAUCCCACCGUCUCUUUUUGAAGCCUGGGAUCUACUCCGCGCGCACGUCUAUGACAACAAGGACCACAGGAUCCCCUGCGCCGGCGUGGGAGUCUACCAGCUGGCCCCGAGCCUGUCCGGCCUCGUCAACAGAACAUUUCAUUUUCCCGCCCCGACGGCUCUUCACUAUGAUCCCGAGGUCCUGAAAGAGGUCUGGGGGCUUAUGCUCGAUGCCGCUGCUCACGAGGGUUCUCUGUGGGAGGUGCCGACCUUUCAGCUCGAUGUUGUUGACGUGACCCGGCAAGUCAUGAGCAACGCCUUUAUCGACAUUUACACUGAUCUCGUUCGGGCAUACAACGACACUAUGCAAAUACGUGGAGGUUCGAGACCUGGAGGACCUCGCGUUCCUAGUCGUGAGGUGUCAGUCAAGGGGCAGACGCUGCUCGACUUUCUCGACAGCCUGGACCUAGUCCUCUCCACUCAGGAGCACUUCACCCUCGACAAGUGGCUCGGAGACGCGCAGCGCUGGGCCAAAGUCACAGGCGCCGACGAGCUCAUCUCCUUCAACGCCCGGAGCCAAGUCACCGUCUGGAUAUGGGAGUCGCCCUUUCUCAACGACUACUCGGCGCGCGCGUGGGCUGGCCUGACGCGGUCCUACUACCGACCCAGAUGGUCUCUCUUCGUCGAGGGCUUGAAGGAGGCGACGGCGAGGGGGUCGCUGGAUGAGAAGGCGCUCAAUGCCAAGAUUAGGGCGUUUGAGAAGGAGUGGCAGUACGGAGGAUUUGGUCUUGAGACUGGGCCGGCGGGUGAGCGGACCAGGUUGAGGGAUACGCUCAUGCGUGUUCAGAGGCAAUGGCCCAGCGUCUUCGCCCGGCGUCGAGUUGACGCCAAACAUCCUCAGUUAAAGUGA